ACAGCUCAGAUUGAGGUGAUCCCCUGUAAAAUCUGUGGAGACAAGUCAUCAGGUGUUCACUAUGGCGUCAUCACCUGUGAGGGCUGUAAGGGUUUUUUCCGGAGAAGUCAGUCAUCCAGUGUACAGUAUUCCUGCUCCAGACAGAGUAACUGUCUCAUCGAUCGUGCCAGCAGGAACCGCUGCCAGAGCUGCCGCCUCAAGAAAUGUGUUGCCCAGGGAAUGAGCCGGGAUGCGGUCAAGUUUGGCCGCAUGUCUAAGCGUCAAAGGGAUUCUCUGAUCGCUGAGGUUGAGAGACACCGGCAGCAGCAGCGUCUCCAGGCGAACCAGGAUGAGCCACAGAGUCUCCCUGCCUUCCGGACCAGUAAAGAACCCCGCGUCCACUCACCCCAUCUCAUCCAGCCCCUGGUUCCCACCUACUCCUGCCCCCUGGACCUAGAGCGGCCCAUCCGCUCAACAGAAGUACACCCUUACCUGAGCUGUGCCACAGGCGAGGCCCAGGCUCUGGGCAUGGCCUACAGAGGUACCCAGAGGAGUGGAAACAGCAGCAGCUUUUCAGCAGGGAGAGGCUUUGACUCCAGGAAAUCAACUCCCGACACGAUCCUGAGCAUGCCUGCAAGUGAAAUGGAAUUACGACCUUUUGAUCCCGAAGGCUCAUUCUGCCUCUACCCUACCUCAAUGCACAUAGAGGAGCUGUGUGCAAGUAUUGUGCGUUCUCACAGAGAGACAAGUCAGUAUCGUGUGGAUGAGCUACAAACUCUCAGAUGGAAGAUCUUCAGUAGGGAGGAGGUCCAUGCCUACCAGAGCAAGACUGUGGAUGAGAUGUGGCAGCACUGUGCAAUGCGACUAACGGAUGCAGUGCAGUAUGUAGUGGAGUUCGCAAAGCGCAUCCCUGGCUUCCGGCAACUUGGCCAGAAUGAUCAAAUCUGCCUACUCAAGAGUGGCUCGAUGGAGGUUGUUCUGGUCCGUAUGAGUCGGUUGUUUAACCCUGAAAAUGGCACAGUCUUCUUUGACGGCAAGUUUGCUGGAACAGAGCUGUUCAAGUCUCUUGCAUGCGGUGAUUUUAUCGCAGCUGUGUUUGACUUUGCUCACAGUCUUUGUGCUCUGAGGCUAACUGAACAGCAGGUGGCGCUGUUCAGUGCGCUCGUACUCAUAAACGCAGAUCGCCCAUGUCUAGAGGACAGAGAUAGAGUGCUGAGAGUAAGAAAAGACAUGGAGCUAGCCCUCCGUCACCUCCUGCACAGAGACAACCAGGAAAGUCUACUGCACAAGUUGUACCAGAAGGUGACGGUGUUGAGGAGCCUAUGUGCGCUGCAUAUAGAGAAGCUGCGUUGGUUCCGUCAACUCUAUCCGUUCACAGUUCACUCUCUCUUUCCUGCUCUCUACAAGGAGCUCUUUGGUUCAGACAUUGAUGUACAGUCAGUGGCUACACUCUGAACGCACAACAAAUA